ACCAAAAAGCGUAGUUCCAAGAAAAUCUUGGACGCUUUCCAGAUAGCAGAACGAGCUGAAAAUGGCUCCGACAGCGACAACUACAACUCUGGAAGCGACGAUGAUCUCACAGUACAAGACGGAGUUCUAGAUGCUUCGAAAUUCUUCAAGGAGCUGAGAAGACCCGACGGCAAGUUCGACGAUGAAGAAAUUGACUCUGAUGAAGCUUUGGGCUCGGACGAUGACUACGACAUUUUGAACUCGAAGUUUUCGCAGACUAUAAGAGACAAAGCAAAAAAGAGAAAGACGAAGGAGAAGAAGAGAAGAAGAGGAGAACAAGUUAGCAGUGAUGAAAGUGAGGAAGAAGAAGAUGAAGAUGAAGCUGGGUAUGCCAGUAUUGACGAAUCACAGUUGGUUUCGUUGUCCGAAGCUUGGGAUAUGGACGAUGCUGAUUUGGAAAAACAUAGUAAGUCUAAGUCUAAGUCAAAGUCUGAUUCCAAUAAGAAUGAAUUGGUUUUUGAUGAAGAUGCCUGGGAGACUGAAUCAUCACAAGAGUCUGAUUCUGAUGAAGAAGACGAGGAAGAUGAAGGUGAAGAUUUAGAAGUGGAAUCUGAAGAGGAUAUCUUCAGAAAUGAGUCUGGAGAAGAAGAAGACGACGAACUUGAUUUAUCACACACUGUUUCACACUUAAAAUCUCAGAUGAAGAAGCCAGAAAUACAAAAAAAACGAUUAUUGACUGAAACCAGAGAAGAGAACGAAUUUGUUUUGCCUACAGGGGGUAACAAGUUAUCUUUGAGUGAGAUGAUGGCAGCUGUAGAUUCCAGUGUUUCCAAUGAAGCAUUUUUAAUUGACAAGGAUGCUGAAAAAUCCAAAGCUUUGGCCACUCCAUUGCCCAAGAGAAUACAGGAGAGACACGAGAGGAAAGCUGCUUACGAAAUCACAAAAGAAGAGGUUAGUAAAUGGGAGGAUGCGGUGCAGUCUAACAGGCAAGCAGAAGUGUUGAAAUUCCCCUUGAAUGCCACUGUUACACAUAACGAUACUGCAAGUACAUUCAAAACAUCCACUGAGCCCACUACUGAGUUGGAAAAGCGUAUUCAUGAUGUUUUGACAGAAUCAUCAUUGUUGGACGACAAGAAGGAAGCCACUUUCGAAGAGAUAGCUGUUGCCAAAAUGUCUGCUGAAGAGAUGAAAAAAAGAACCAAUGAGUUACGUUUGAUGAGAGAAUUGAUGUUCAGAGAUGAAAAGAGAGCUAAAAGAAUAAAGAAGAUCAAAUCCAAGCAGUACCACAAGAUCCAGAAGAAGGAAAGAUUGAGAAAUCAGGAAUUAGUGGAAGGUUCUGAUGCUGAGAGCGAUGGUGAGGACCACGACUUGAAGAGAGCAAGAGAGAGAAUGACUUUAAAACACAAAACACAGUCAAGUUGGGCCAAGUCAAUGAUCAAAUCUGGAUUAUCCAAAGAUUCUAAUAACAGAGCUGAGUUGGAAGAAAUGUUGAGACAGGGCGAAAAGUUACGGGCCAAACAAUUGGGCUAUGAAGAUGGAGAUCAGAGUGACGAAGGAGUCUCAGAUAUCGAAAGGGAUUAUUCCAACGACGACGAGAAUGCUGACGAAAGUAUCAAGAAGCUCGGAAAGGGUGUUUUGGGAAUGGACUUCAUGAGAAAUGCCGAAGAAAGAAGUAGGCAGUCCAACUUAAAGGAGUUGGAAGAAUUAAGAAGAUUGGAAAAUGAAAAGGAUUUAGAUUCAUUCGAAGAUUCGAACAGUGCUCUAAGCUCUAGCAAGAACCAAGGAAGAAGAGUCUAUGCUCCAUCGGCUGCAAGUGCCAAUGCCGAGCUAAACACUGUAAACCAGAUUACCAUUGCUGAAAUUACUGAAGAAGAAUCUGGCAAUUUGACGAAUAAACUCAGCAAGAAGUUCGAUGUCGUGGAUUCGACUAAGCAAAAGCAAAAGUCUAAAGAAAUCAAAGAACAAGAUGUAAACGAAAAUGAAGAAGAAGAAUUAAAUCCUUGGUUGGUUACUUCGGCAAAUGAAACUUCUCAGAAGUCACAGAAAAUUACUGUUGUAGACAAAUCGUCUUCGAAGUUGGCUAAGGCUGCUGCUAAGAUUGCCAAAUCCAAAAAGAGAAAGCAAGGCAAAAAUUAUGAAGACGAGGAUGUGAUUGAUAUGGGCGAAUCGAUGAAGAUUGUGGAUCAUCAUCCAGGCAGUGAGUCUGAAGAUGAAGACGUUAACGAGGUUAGAAUGUUCAAACAAAAGGAUUUGAUCAAACAGGCCUUUGCUGGUGAUGACGUGGUUCAAGAAUUUGAAAUAGAAAAGAAAAGAGUCGUCAGAGAAGAAGAUGAUAAGGAAGAAGAUAUGACCUUACCCGGUUGGGGUGACUGGGCUGGAGGUAACAAAAAGUCCAAGAAGAGAAAAGUUGUUCGUAAGGUUGACGGUGUUGUUCAAAAGGACAAGAGAAAGGAUAAGAAUUUGAAAAACGUGAUCAUCAACGAAAAGGUCAACAAGAAGAACUUGAAGUACCAGUCGUCUGCUGUCCCAUUCCCAUUUGAGUCCAGAGAACAAUACGAAAGAUCGUUGAGAAUGCCACUUGGACAAGAAUGGACUUCCAGAGAAACCCAUCAAAGAAUGACGAUGCCUAGAAUUAUCACCAAGCAAGGUACAGUUAUCGAUCCAUUGAAAGCCCCAUUUAAGUAG